AUGGAUCCCACUGUCGUGCAUGUGCGGGAUAGUACCUCGAGUCCGACCAACAGCAGCAGCGAACCGUCGCCCCAGGCGGCAGACGCGAAGCAGCACCUCAAGGCCCCGUCGCUGCCCUUGUUCCCCUCGGUCCCUUUUUAUGCCGCGGAUCGCACGCACGACUCAGAGUCUGAUCCGAACCACAGCGACGAUCAGGAAGGACUCGACGAGCGCAGACGAGAAAAAGGACAGGGCCGCAACGAACAAGAGACGCGGCGAAUGGAGACACCGGGCACACUGGACGAGACGAAGUUGGCGUUGGCGCGGCGGUCCACGGGCUCCAUUGCCGCGACGACGCGGCAAGCAGAGGCACUUGAUUACCGGCGACACACGUUCACUACCGUGUCCGCCGAGAAUCGGGCUCUCAUGCGACGACGGAGCUACGACCUCUCGGCACAUGGCGACCCUGCAAUAGCUCCGCCUUUGUCGCCAUUGCAGCAGUCUCUGCCGCAUUCAUUCAAAGCGCCCUCGCAUUUGCAGCAUUUGUACGUCUAUGGCAAUCGCGCUUCGGGCUCGAGCAAACAGCGUUUGACUGAACGUCUGGAAGAAGGAAGUGCGAUGAUCGUUCUGGCUUCCCCGACCGUGGAGACAGUGUGGACUCGAGGUAAAGCUGUGGACGUGGAGUGGAAAGUCCUGGAUUCAAAAGUAGCUGCCCUCCGGAUCGAGUUAUUGGAAGACGGACGCAGCGCGUCGACGUUGAUUGCAGCCGAAGCGCCGAAUACGGGCUUUUUCACGUACCCCAAAGUGCCGUGGGGCAUGGAGUCGGGCUCAAAGUAUUUUUUGCGAGUAUCAGCGGCGGACAAUGUCGAGCGAUACUGUACAAGCAGCUUUUUUCGCAUCAGCUCGGCCCCGUGA